GAAAUCGGGUAUUUUAAUUUCCAGGACGCAUCUGCGUAGGGUGAAAUCAGAGAAAAGAUGGCUUCUAACGCCGGUCGGAAGCUGUUCCAUGGCAAAGGGGUUUCUAACGCCGCUAAGAUUCCGCUCCGCCGCAAAGGCAAAGCGAAGAUAGAUCCUAGUCCUUCCUCUCAGUUGGGUAAAUUCCUGGGCAUCCCUGAGCCGCCAAGCUCCGACAUCCCCAAGUUGAUCUCCAACUUCAUCAAACUCCAUGUUGGCCAUGGUCGUGGAUUGAAGAAGGAAGGUUUUCCCAUGGACAAGUUGAAGGCCUUUCUGAGUGGCAAAGACAGCAUUGGGACUCCAGAGAUUGCAAAGUUACUGUCUCAAUUCCAAUUCAAACGCUUCUGAUUACACCCUCUCACAAGCUGAUCUCUGCUUACUGUAGCCAUCUACUUGAUUUUAAUAUGUCUUGGGAAAAUUAUGGUUCUGUUAUGAACAAAAUUAUGCUCAUAAACUCUGUUUACCAACUGUUCGAUGAUAUGCCUCAAGGAAUUUCAUUGCCUGUUAAACGGUUGAUCGAUCGCAUUCCAUUUGUUUU